AAGCGGUACCAAGGCCAACAUUUUGCUCACCUAUUGGUUACGCUCUCCUCUCCGGAAGCAGCCAACAAGGUUAUCCGAGCAGGUCUGGUGCUAGCGGGCCACCAUGUAAGCGUAAGGAAGAACCUGGCAGAACCAUUGAGGUGCUCCAAAUGCCAGCGCUACGAUGCAGGGCACCUGGCCAAGGAGUGCCCUCAGGACCAUGAUACGUGCGGAACAUGUGCGCGCACACAUAGAACAGCGGAUUGUAAGAUACAAGAUGUGCAGCAGUAUCACUGUGUGAACUGCAAUGAGAAGGGUCAUGCCGCAUGGGACCGGGAGUGUCCUGUCUUCCUAGACCAUCUGAGCAAGUUGAACGCCCGCUGUCCAGAGAACCACCUUCAAUUCUACCCUACAGGGGACCCGGACUCAUGG